AUGGUUUUUACAGAGAAGACCUCAACAUGUGCUGCGGGAAAGAAAGCCUCUAAGAGAAGGGCCCUUCGCCCUCAGGGCAUCCCGUCCCCUGCCCUGUGCUGUGCUUGCGGACUUUGCAUCAUGCUGGCGGGCAUUAAUAUCACUCUGGUGGGUGCUUUCGCCUUUACAAAGCUUCUCCCGUUCAACAACCCACCCAUCAUCAUCGGCCCGCUGCUCCUUCUAGUCGCCCUGUCCUUUUUCGGAGCUUGCUGCGUGUGCAGUCGACGGCCCUCAGCCCACCCGUCCCGCAAAGCGAAGGGCGGGGACAGCUGGGGGCUGAUACGAAUGGGAGGGGCGGUUUUUGAGAUGGAGACGAGUGAACACACAAUGCAGGACACCACCGCGGUGCAACUGAGUCCCACCAACUCACCGACUUCCUCUCACAAAUCCAGUCCCACCCAUGAGACGGUACCUGUGCCGCACUCUUGUGAGUUCAUUAGCUCAGAGGCUAGUAAUUCUUCUGCCUGUCACUUGACUAGUGACUCUGCCUCGUAA